AAUAAUAAAAGCAGAACAUUUCCCCAAGUGGUCUUUACCAGUAAGGAGAGAGCACCAACUGGAGCGAUAAAGAUAGGAGUGAGUGAGUGAGAGAAGAGACACUGUCUGUGACUCUGUGUGUGUAUUAGUUUAGUAGAGAGAGAGAGAGUAGAUUCAAAACAGAAAGAAAUCAAAACAGAAGCGAGCAAAGUGGAGGGAGAGGAUCUUCUUCCCCCCUCCUUAUCUCUCUCUCUCUACUUUAUAAAGAUUUCAUCUUUCAGAAAUCCCUAAUCUUUUGAAACCCUAAAUCUAGAGUCUUUUUUUUUUUUGUUUUCAACUGGGGGAAGAAGGUAGAAAGGUGAAACCUUUUGUUUGAAGCCACCACCAUGGAUUCCGGUGACCCGACAGCUCUGCUUUUGACGAAAAUUCGAAGCUUGGAGCCAGAUUACGCUCCUAAGAUUAUUGGGUAUUUGCUUUUACAAGAUUUUGGGGAGAGAGACUUGUUGCAUCUGGCUCGUGGACCUGAAUCUAUCUUGCAAUCUAUCAUUUUGAAAGUGAAGGCUCAGUUAGGGAUUUACUCUUCUCCUUCUUCUUCUUCGCCUUCUUCUUCUUCUACUCCGACGUCUCCUUCUCCCUUCUCCCGACCACCCAUCAACGGAAGAGUAACCUCUCACUCUAAUGGCUUUAUGGAUUUCCGUAGAAAUUCUCCUUCUCCUUCUUCUUCUCCUUCUUCUGCUUCUCCUUGGUCACUCAACAACCCUAGUAAUGGCAACAACCCCCACAUUUCCCCCAAACACAACCCGAUCUCGAAACCUUUGACCUCUCACCAGAGCAACAACAAUGGGGUUUCUUCUAUAGAUUCUGGUCCUGACGCUGGUGGUGGUAGUAGUGCUGAUUUACUCGAUGAUCAGCAGCUUAGUGAUUACCUCUCGUUUCUCGACGAUUCCUGUUCUAAAACCGAGGAUGUUACGGAUCCUAGGUUCGACUACUCCGUCGACAGUGGCGAAACACAUCUCCACAGGAGGAGUUUCUCGGCAGAUGCGUCUUUUGUUGGGUCUGGAGAUGAUGGAUUUGGUGCUGGAUGCAAACCGUGUGUGUAUUUUAGUCGAGGUUUGUGUAAGAACGGAGACAGCUGCAAGUUUAUCCAUGGUGGGUAUCCUGAUAACGUUGUUGAUGGUAAUGGCAUUGUCGCUGACUCGCCUAGGAAAAUGGAGAACUUUGUUAGGCAGCACGAGGAGAUGAUGAGGUUGAAAUUGGCUUAUCAGCAACAGAGGUUGGCUUCUCAAAUCCUCGGUAGGGCUCCUCAGUCUCCUUACGAUAAAAGAAUGGAUUUUCUCUUGCAGCAGCAUGCUCAAAGAGAUGGUGGACUACCUUUUGGUGAUGAAAGAUAUUGGAGCAGCAGCCCAGGACGGCUUGAGAGGAUGGAGCUAAUGGCAAUGCAAUUUGGUGAUCAGUCAAACUCUGUAUCUAGACAGAUUUACUUGACAUUCCCAGCUGACAGCACGUUUAAGGAUGAGGACGUUGCAACUUAUUUCAGCCUUUUUGGAACAGUGCAAGAUGUGCGGAUCCCUUACCAGCAGAAGCGUAUGUUUGGCUUUGUUUCAUUUGCACAUCCUGAGACUGUGAAAGUUGUACUAGCUAGAGGGAAUCCCCAUUUCAUUUGCGACUCACGUGUUCUUGUCAAACCUUACAAAGAAAAAGGCAAAGUCUUGGAUAAGAAGCAGCAGCAACUGCUACAACAGCAGAUUGAGCGGGGAAAUUACUCCCCAUGCUCCAGUCCAUCUGGGAUUGAUCCUAGAGAACAGUCUGAUUUCCACCUUGGUUCAAAGCUGUUGUAUGAGAGACGUGAAAUGAUGAGAAGGAAAAUGGAACAGACUGAUCUCCUGAGGGCUAUUGAACUUGAAAGGAGACGUUUCAUCAGUUUGCAGCUUCCUGAGUUCAAGAAUAGUAUAACACCAAAUCAUCACCGUAGCUUUUCUGUGGGGUCUCCUGGUUAUUUUUCAUCUGCCAGCAACCAAAGCCCUGAGUAUCAAUCUGAACUCACAGGUGCAGAUGUUUUAGAAGUAGUUGAUGAUACAUCUGAGCUGCAUCCUUACCCAGUAAUCAACCCAAUGAGUGUUAACAGUAAUUACUCAAACGGUGCAAAAGAAGGGACUAACAAGAGUGAAAUGCUAGAAUCCGACACUGGAAGCACUAUCGAGCUUGUUCUUCCUAGUAACCUGUUCCCUUCUGCAUCAUCUACCGAUGAUCACAAAACCGAUGAUUCUGCUGAAACUAAUGCAAAAGUUGGAAUCUCCUCUACUAAUGGAAAUGACCAUGGACCACCAGCCACGGCCAACAAUCUUAUGCAUUAGGCUAUUUCACCUCAUAAAUGCCAAGGGUUUUUUUUUCUUAUGGAUAAGAUGAGGCUACCCAAGUGUAUGUAAUAAAGACAAAGUGAACAAGCAUACACAAGGAAGUAGGAUGAUGUAUAUGUAUAGCUAAGUUAUAUAUAUAUGGAGAACAGAAAGAACGUAGGAGAAUGAUUAUAUAUCGUAUGAAGAUCGCAAGUUUCCUCAGGUGAUACUAUAGUACUAACAAACGGAUGCGUAAGACAUACGUAAAAGAUAAAUCUAUUAUCAGAACUUUUUUUUUUUUUUCUGCUUUAAAUCUCUUUUGCUUCUAGUAUUGGUUGCUCAUGUGGUUGUUCCGGUUUGUGUGGGAAAUAAACCACAAGAGUCUCUGAUGUAUUGAGAAGAGUAGAGAGAGUUCUGUAACAUUAUAUUAAGCCGUUACUUCUAUAUAAGUAUUUACGGUCCUCCU